AAACAAAUUAAUAGUAGUCAUAGUGAUUGACGCAACAUUUGGGAAAAACAACGAGCAGAAGACAUUUUCUUCUUAAAAUUCUACUACACGGUACGUGCUCUGCAAAUAGACGGCAAAAUGGAUCUGGAUGUCCUCCAGUAUUUGGGCAAAGCCAAGAAGAAAAAAGACUCCGGAGCUUUGCAGUCAGCCUUCAAUGAAUUGGAAGAGAUGGCAGAAGCUGACUCAGGAGGAACACUCAGCUUUGACCGACAUAUGUAUAUCUACUGUGCAGAAGUUGCUCUGGAGCUGGGUUGUUUCGAGAUAGCGGCAACCUGCCUGAAGAGGUUCUUUGCUGACAAUCCACCACCUGAUCAAUAUUUGUGUCGUGCCUUGCUCUGUCAGAGCCAACUGAAAGUUCCCCCGCCCACAGGCAACAUGGGAGACUUGAAAGAGAAUGUCCAGUAUUUACUUAAAGCUAUUGACAUUUCAAAGCGAGAGAAAAGAUCGCACUACCUUGUGUUCAAUGCCUCAGUGCUGUAUCUCCAGAUGGUACGUCCUCUUCUCCAGCCAGGGCGGUGCCGCCACCUCAUAUCCUCCCUCGGGCAGGUGGUCAAAAGUCUGGAAUUGGUGGCAGACAAGGACCACAGCUGGAGGGCUCAACUCAUGAUGUACCUAAUUGACUCUCUUUUGGAUGCUGGGAAAAGUGAUGAUGCUGCAAGUUAUGCCAGAGUUACAGAGGAAUUCAUCAGAAAACACUGCCCUCAUCUUUUAGCAGACGUCUUUCGCUUACAGGUGUGGCACAACAUGUCCAAAAGGGAAAUCCUCCUCAAAAAAAGCCGUCAGUCUACUACCUUGACUGUCAUUUUCAAAAUGCUGCAAUUCAAAAGGUGGUUGGGAGAAAUAAAAGAGGAGGAACUAGCAAAAAAGGAUUUGAAUGAGCUUGAGGAGAUUUUGAGUCUCCUGGGGGACUCCACAAAAGCUUCUCCCAUUCUGCCAGCUGAAAGAGUGGCCUUCCUCUUGGAGCUGGCUCUGUUGGCCUUACAAGGGAAAGAUCACAAAAUGGCUGAGAAAUGCUUAAAAAAACUUAAGCCGGCAGGGGACACAAGUCUCGGUGAACAAAUAAUAAUGGAAUGUAUCAACUGUGAAAUAGAGCUCCGGAAGAAAGAGACAAAGACGAAUGACUACUCCAAAUCCAGUGUGGAGGCCCGUCUCAAAGCAAUAGGAAAGCUAAAUCAGUGUCUGCUGGCUGCAGUCAGAGAGGGGGACCCUCAAGCUGUGCAGGCCGUUUGUGCAACCCAGUGGAGCUUCUGUCUUCCACUCUUGCAGCAUAAUCUCCGCCAACACGUUAAGACACCUAUGUUGCGGAUGGCUCAAACACUAGAGGACAUGCAAUGCAUGCUGUUCCUAGUUCGAAGUCAGGUCCACGCGGAGCUUGCCGCGUCUGAAGAGGAAGACGGACUCCUCGAGGCUUCGAUGACUCACCUACAAAAAGCCAUGCUGCUGGAUAACGGCACACAAAAAGAAAGAUUGUCGUCAGCUUUCCAUCUCCUUCAGCUCAGAAGAAACCUUUAUCAAACGCCCUCUCGGACCGAGGAUAAAGCCGCCAUGCUUAUGCAGCAGGUCAAGGACAGGCAGCCCCAACAAAAUACAGAUUGUCGUCCCUUACUGCUGACUGUGGGCCAACUAUUGGCCCCCGCUGAUUUCCAGAUGGUGUUGAAUGCAGAUAGCAUCUCCAAAAUUACCAAAGCCAGUGUGGGGUGUGGACCGAUAGCUCAGCUCUCCGCUCAGGCUCACAAUUACUAUGCGGCCGUACAGAAGUUGGAUGGAUACCUGGAUCGACAAGGAGAAAACGCUGACAACACAGAGAGAUUGAGGUUAUGGGCGACGCUUGCAAAGACAGCAAGAAAACAGGAAGUCUGGGAUGUGUGCAGAGUGGCUGGUCGAUUCUGUUUGCUCUAUGAUGAAGCCAGAGCCAAGAUGUCCAUUUGUCGCAAAUCCAAAUGCUCAGAGCAAGAGAGCUCUACUGAAAACCUCAACAGCUAUGAAGAAAAUCAACCUUGUGCAAAAAAGUUGCGCCUUUUGGCUGAAAUAUGCUUUAUCACUGCUGAGGCUACUGCCCAAAAGCUCCAAAUGCAAGGUGUGCAGCUCAACAGCCCUGCAGUCUUGCCACAGGAUGUAGGUGUAUCUGAGGAUGACCCACAUUGGAUUAUUUACAGAGACUGGAUCCAGGAUCUGUCCGCUUAUGCCACGUCCACUUUCCUGCGAGCAGCCGAGCUCGGCACACAAAUCAGGGAACCCUGGAUUGUGGCAAAUUCUGCCAUUUACUUAUGGAACUACAACAGGCACUUGCUGGUUACUGGAGACUAUAACUGCCUCAUCCCCACCUUCCAAAACCUGGUAGAGAUGUUCCAAAAGACCGAAUGCACAGGAAAUCAUGCUUUAGUGGUGCACCUUUGUGAUGCCGUGGCCCGAGGUUUGUAUGAAGAGCUUGCGCUACCGGUCAACAUGGGAAAAGUCAAAUCUGAGAAGACGAACGACGUGCUCGACCCUGAUGCUCUCCUGAAGGUUCACAAAGCUUUUGAGCUGUGUAACUACGCCCUUUCCAUAUCCCACGGCACCACAGGGGAGGCAGUACCUAUUGCUGUCCAGAAGCAACUGGUGGCCACGUGGGCACAGAUCAAGAUCCUCCUGCAGCAGCAGGCUGGCUGCCAAACGGACAUCGGUUUCACGGUACCCAUGAUUGAAGAAAUGUCACCUAUAACGCGUGUGCUGAUUGCAGUGGAGAUGCUUCAGUCGUAUAAAAAUUCCAGUUCCUCGGAAGGUUAUGAUCCCAGUCUCUCAGCGUUGGUGAGCAUGGUGUCUCAAUGCAAGUGGACUGAUGCUGUGGUAGAGUUACAGACAUGGUGCCAGCUGGCUGCAUUCUGCCAUCAUGCCAAGGAGUACAGUUUGGCCCUGAGCUGCACAGAGAGAGCCAUGGAUCUUGAGGAUGCGGCAUCAAAGUGUCUUAACACAACUCCUUGUCUUUUGUAUGGCUUGCCUGCAGUGAACGAGAUGCUGAGCACAGCAGCUUGCUUGAGGGGCUUAAGCUCAAUCCACGAGUCUAUCGGAGAUGUACAUAUUUACAAGACAGCUAUGGACAUGCUUCUGUCCAGUAUCAGGUACGCCCAAAAGGCAGGGCAUUCGGAACUAUGUUUUACAGCUGCCAGGCAUUAUUGGAACAAUUGCCUACCUCGAACGCAUUCCCCGGAGGAAAGGCAUCAGCUGAAAGAGCCCGUGGAGGCCAUUCUUAAUGCCCUCCUCCACACCUAUCCUAAGCAUACAAAUAAGCAGGACAAAGUGAAAAAUAUGCAGAAAGGAGUCCCUCUUGGAAGUUCUAAACCUGAAGCACCAAAUGAAGAAGUCCUAACCCUAAGAUCAUCACUGUACUGUCUGUUGCUUCAAAUCUAUAUUGAUAGAACAGAUUGCAAUGGUGCUUUGCAGCUGUUGGAUAAUGCCGUUCGAGAUAUGCCUGCCACUAAACAUCGACUAUUUCUGCUGAAAUGUCGCAUCCAAAUAAAGGCACGGCUGGGGGAAAGCGUAUUGAUGGACAUGCAAACGUUACAAGGCAAAGAGGAGCAGAAUUGCUCCUUGAUGUGGCACAAAGCAGCUCUGUGUUCUUGCCAUGUCACGCAGCAGCUGACCUGCUAUCAGAAGUCGGUCACCUCUCUCAUGUCUGAAGAAAAUCAAUGGCAAAAGGUCAGCUUCCUGCUUGCGUUUGGAGCGUGGAUGUACUGUCACAACUUGUCGACGGAAGAGGCCCGACAUCAGGUUCAGUGGGCCAUUGAUAUUCUUCUACAUUUGGAAACAGAGCAGUCAGAAAAAUCAGGUGUACCUGUGUCAGGUCAGCCUCAUGUCUCCUCACACUCCAAUCCUCUUAUUUUCUACCUUGACCUUGCUCCAUGUAUCCGACAUUUUUUCCCACUUUUCUGUCUCGAAGAAGACUCUCAGAAUAUGGAUCCGGGCUCAGUGAAAUGUGAAACUCUGGCUGUUGUUCAAGGACUGUCAUUCACACAAACGGUGUCCAAUCUGAGGGAGGUGCAACGCCUUGACAGCUUGGUACAAGCGCACACUCUGCUUGCUGUCAUGGCAGAUCGGAAUUCACCGGAGCACCAGUUGAACCUGCUCAGAGCAUAUGAUUUUGUUCUCCAAAUAUGGCAGAUGUCAGCGCUAGUUGUUUCUGCGACCCCCAGCGAACAACCGAAAGGCCAGAAUCCCACACCUGUCGGGAAUAAAAAAGACAAGGGAAAAGGCAAAAAAGUCAAAGAUCCUACCCCACCGACAGUGAAUCCCAAACCUGUCUUGGAUUCCACUCUUUUUUCUACUCUGGAGUAUUGGGUUAAAUACACGUGCUCUGAUCAGGUCCGUUACACCUUCAAAACAAAUUGUAACCCACAGUGCAUCAAUAUUCACAGCAUUACAAAUCAGACCCAGAGCUUGUUUUAUCUUGACCUUCUGGUAAAAGAGCUUCACUCGCUCUCAUUGAGUCACCUGACCCUACCUGUUAUGCACCUAGCUGAGACGUUUGCUCACGAUCUUUUGGAUAGGAAGAGCCUUUCGGACUUGUAUCGUCUCAGAAUAGUUCGGACCUGCUGUCAGCUUGGCAUGGAGACUGAUACCUCGUAUCAUGAGAGUCUAAUGAAUCUGAUGAAAAUACAAGAACAAGAACAAAUUACGUGCCAUGGAGCAAUCACUCUUUCACAGGAGAGAAAACGCCUCUAUUCAUCGCAGAAUCAGGAAUCCGAUAUGGAGUCGCAUUUACAGAGGAAGAAUUUGUUUGGCUUGAAUAUUUGGGUUGACAAAGCAGAGGUUUGCCUGGAGAUGGGAUUGUACCAAGGAGCCCGGCAACUCCUGGCCGAAGCUCAGUUGGUCGCUCGAGAAUUUAAAGACCAGACUGUAAUGCCAAGGAUCUUACUGGGUAUGGCUGCUCUCGCUUGUGAGGAGCAGAACUAUGUGCAGUCCCUCUACCUUCUGGAUAAGGCCCAAGCCCUGGGUGGGGACGAAUACUUCUGGCACACGUUUACCCUCACAAAGGUUGAUGCUGUGUUGGGCCAGAGAGUCCAGGAUGCACAAGCCAAGAUUGACCAGAUUAUCAAACAAGGGUGUGAGGCUUUGACGGUGGUUCUGAAGCGACGGGUGAACCGAGUCUCAGAGAUCACAUUUUUAAUUACAUCAUUAGAAAUGAGGGGUGCCAUUGAGUCUCUAAGUGGCAUUUGUGUCAGUGAGCCAGGAGUGGCACUGUCCACUCAGGAAUUGCACAUACUGAAAGCUGCCUGUGAUACACUGGGGCAAUGUGCCAGGGUUUUCACCCAACUCAACUACAGAGAGCAUGCUGCUAAGAGCCAUGAAGAGUGCACAUAUGGGUUGAGAUUUCUGGCCAACAAGGCUCCGGACAAAAAAGAGAAGCAGCGUUUUCUCCUUGACGCCUUCUCCCACAUGCAGUUAGCAAUCUCAGAACAAGAACGUGUGGUUUUGAAUGCUGAGAACCUGCUCCUCCUGGAAGAGGCUAGUCGUGGAGUGAUAUUAUCACCCAAGUGGACACUACUACGCCUGCGUCUCACCCUGGCAGAUGUUUGUUUGGCAAUACUCGAGGAACACUGUGAAGAAAUAGUCAACCGAGCCCUGGUCAAGGACAAGAGUACUGCUGAGAUAGCAAUUGAGGAUUUUAUGCGGCGCAUUCCUGAAACCAACUCCAUUGAACAGGAGUGGAUGAACGUGGGAAGCACAUUGGGCCAGAAGUCAUUGUGCCAGCUGGCUGCUGUGAACUCUUGCUCGCUGGACGACAUGGAGAUGAGAGCACGUUUCUUGAGUUUGAUGGGAAAGACCCUGAGACUGCUGGCUGUGCAGGAGGAUCCUGUUUAUAUGUCUUCUCUCUGGGACAGACACUUGAAGGAAGGUACAUGUGGCACUAGUACCACGGUGACAGAAGACAAUUUUGGAAAAGAGAAGGAAAGUACUUUAAGCAGUAAAGAGUCCAAGAGGACCUCUGCUAAAAGCACUGAGCCACAGCAAAAAAAGCGCAAGGUUGAGCAGCUUUUGGCCCAAGCCAAGAACUUACUGUCUCAAACGGUUAGUCUAUGUCUUGAGCACAAUUUGCCAGCCUCCAUCUUGAGCGAUGCCUCUCUCAAUAUGCUGGAGUGUCUUGGCCAGUCAGACCAUGAAUUGGCAUGUCAGUAUCUGGCCUUGUUUCAGAGUGCUUGUACCGUGGAUGUGAUGGCUGAUGUUUUAAAUUUGGCCUGUGACGACAUCAGCGUGUCCCAGCUAUCGGCUCUACUCAGCCUGUACAGGAAACUGGCUGUGUCUCAAGAGGGUAGACCCACUAAAGUGUUGGAAGGAGUAAGACACUCCCUGAACAGCAUUUCCAAGGCCUUUUCCCAAAUAACUAUCAACCCCAACCACCUCCAACUUCUUGCAGAACUUUCAUCCGACCUGAAGAUUAUUUUACUGCAGCAUUCUAAAGAUGGGUCUGAACUUUACGGAGCACUCUACAAGGUGCCUGAACCUGCAGAAAGUCAAAAAGGAAAGACAUCACAAGCUUGGCCGCCGUGCUCUAGAGUGGCUAAGGUUUCUGUCUGCCAGAGGGCUCUGCUGGCUCUUCGAGAGCAGAAGCAGGCCUUUGACCAAAAGAUGAGACACGGACUCCUAAAGGAGUCCUGUUUGCAUGAUGGACGAGUGCAAAGCCCUGAAGACGGUCACAUUUCUCAUCCGAGAUCUGAUCAAGAAAAUACCUUAACGCUUCACUUCAAAGAAAUUGUUCAACAAAUGGAAGAAUACUUGAAUCCGCUCCUUUCUCAGUUUGAUUUCACUUUCUUGAGUUCCCAAGAGUCAACUGUAUCAGUUUCUGAAAAGGCCCAAGACAAAAGUGAAGAAAAGAAAGUAUCCUUAAAUGAAGAAGAAGCGACAACAAAAGCGUUUGUGGUGUUACUGGCAGACUCCAAAUUGAUGGAGUUGCCAUUAGAGGCCUUGUCUGUCCUUGAGGGAGACCUACUAAACUCUGUAUCUCGAGAUUUCUCCCUCCAGCUUCUCUGCAGCCGUAUACCAAAAAAAGAGCCUGUCAAAGUCGCGGAAAAGGAGCCCAAAGGAGGUAAAGGCGGGAAGAGGAAACCCAAUCAGAACCAACCCGUCAAAGUGGUAGCUCCUGUCAGUAAUGUCUUGCCUGAACACACCGUCCCAGUGGACACACGGAACUUCAAAUGCAUCUUUAAUGACAAAGAUAUUGUCAAUACUUUCACCAAUGUUGAAGGGACCACUCUUGUUGACAGUAUGAAGAUGAACUGGGGCUCCUACGGUCAGAAUUUUAACAAUUUGUUGCCGGGCUUUGUGGGCAUCAAACAAACUCCCAGUUUGAGUGAGUUGGAGACGGUGCUGUGCAAAUGCAGUGGCUUCAUGUACCUGGGAGCAGAACGCUUCUUGGCUCCGAUCCCACCUGCCAAACUAGCAGCACUCAAUUUGCCAGAAUGUAACUUGGCUCUUCUGUUUGAUCUGGUCCAGAGUAAAACCAGUGCUGUGCACUCAUCGAACCUUGACAUGCACAAAAGGGCCGGAAAACGCAGCCUGGAGAAGCCGCUGGAGGUGGCUCUGCUCUUGAGCUUGAUUGGUGUCAACUGCGUUGUCCUCAAUCAGUGGCAUAGCAGCCUUCAAGAGAACUCGGAAUACAUCAAACUUUUGGACAGUAUGUUUGUUUCUUUAGCUGUUCACAUGUUUUGUGUUGUGGGGACUUGA